AUGGAGAAAUUGGUAUAUUUACAAAUCUAAUCUCAUCAUGUUAAUCACUAAAUCUUUAUUUAAAAAAUAUUUUUAUUUGGGUUAGUAUCAAAAUUAUAUAUAUUAUUACAAAUUAAUUAUCAUAUNACUGAACAAAAUGUAAUCUUUAAUAUAAUAUUAUAGGCAUAUACUAUAUUAUUGAUAUUAACUGAUGGAAUCAUUCAUGAUAUGGAAUAAACUAAAUAAUUGAUUGUUAAUAGUUCUAGAGUUCCUUUAUCAAUUAUUAUUGUUGGUGUUGGUAAUGAAAACUUUUAAAUGAUGGAAGAAUUAGAUGGAGAUUAAGGUAUUUUAAUCCUUAAUUAUAUAGGUCUUUAUUCUGGAAAUAGAAAAGCAGAAAGAGAUUUAGUAUAAUUUGUUCCAUUCCGUAAUUUUAGUGGAAAUCACAUUAAUUUAGCUAGGCAUGUUUUAGCUGAAAUCCCAGAAUAAAUUGUUAAAUAUCAUUAACUUAUAGGUAAAAAACCUAAUCCACCUUAAUUUAUUGAUAUUAAUUAAUUAGGCAUGACUCAACCUAAUUUACAAAAUCUACAACCUGAAUCAUAACCACCUUAAAUACCUAAUAAUGUUUAUCCUUAAAUUUAAUAACCUAAUGUACAACCACCAUUUUAAUAACCUAUGUAAUCUCAAAUCCCAUAUUAACAACAAAUUCCUCCUUAUGUAUAAUAAUAAUCAUUAGCAUAAUAACCUCCUUCAUAAUAUUAACCAUAUCCUUAUCCAUAAAAUAAUAAUUACUAAUAACCUGUUUAAUAAUCCUAAUAAUAAACCAGAGCAUCUGAAUAAAUCAAUCCAUCCAAUUUCAUGUAUUAAUAAUAUGGAUAAUUACCUUAAAAUAAUAGAUAGAGUUGCAAUCUAUAAUAAGUUCCAUAUUCAUAAUUACCCCCAAAUUAAUAAAAUAAUUCCUAAAUACCAAAUCAUUAAUAUCCUCCCAUCAGCCAAUCUCAACAAAAAUUUGGUUAGAUUAAAAACCCUAUGGAAUGA